AUGAUAAGCUCUGAGCAGCCAAAAGAUUAUCGGAUACCUGAUCCACCAGAUGAUGGUAUCAGUGCGCUGGCGUUCUCGCCAGUUGCAGACUAUCUUGCUGUUUCUUCAUGGGAUACUUCCACAAAAAAUGGACGACCAAAUCACUCCCACUCCACUGAUGGUGUUCAUCGCAGUCCGGCUGCAGCAAACAUACCUCUCUUGCAAAACGCGUUGUUAUUGUCUCAAGGCGGGUCCAGAAGGAGUGGUUCUUGUUUAGUUGUCUUUGACAGUCAAGUGAGAAUAUAUGAAGUAAAUGCUGCAGCCGGAGCAGCAUAUGGCAAAGCAUUAUACAAGCAUGAAGGUGCUGCUUUAUGCUGUGCAUGGAGUAAAGAUGGAUCCAAACUCGUUUCGGGCGGCACGGAUAAGGCUGCUCGACUGUUUGAUCUAACUACACAACAGUCUGUGCAAAUUGCCCAACACGAAGCUGCUAUAAGGACUAUCAAAUGGGUAGAUAAUCAACCAAACAAUCUGAUCUGCACCGGAAGUUGGGACAAAACUGUCAAGUAUUGGGAUACUCGAACACCGAAUCCUGUAUUGAGCGUUGAUGUGCCCGACAGGGUUUACACGAUGGAUCUAGUCUCUCCUCUAUUGGUUAUUGGUACGGCCGACAGGAAUGUUAUAACAUACAAUAUAGCAAACCCAAGUACACCAUACAAGACGCAACUGAGUCCCUUGAAAUAUCAAACUAGAGUGAUUUCCUGUUUCAUAAACGCAACCGGCUAUACUAUUGGAAGUAUCGAAGGAAGAGUCGGGAUACAAUAUCUCGAAGACAAAGAGGGACAUUCAAGCUUCUCGUUCAAAUGCCACCGAGAUGGCAAUAAUGUAUAUUCAGUGAAUGCAAUCUCAUUCCAUCCCUUGCAUGGCACAUUCUCAACUGCUGGCAGUGAUGGUACAUUUAAUUUCUGGGAUAAAGAUUCGAAGCAGAGACUCAAAGGCUUUUCCAAUAUUGGAAGUCCUAUCUCUGCUACUACUUUUAAUAGAAAUGGUACAUUCUUUGCUUAUGCCGCAAGCUACGAUUGGAGUAAGGCAAGUAUUAUUAAGAAAUCAAUGAUACGUGUAUUAAAGGGUUAUCAAUCGUUCCAACAGAGCCAGAGUGUUGUAUAUCUGCACGCUGUAAAAGAGGAAGAUGUUAAACCCAGACCAGCAAAGAAGCGAUAA